AUGCUCCAGCUCUACAUCAAUAGUGAAAACGAUCCUUACGUCCGGUUUCGUUGCAGUAAUUUGAAGACAAAUCACUAACUCACCAAUUUGCAAUCAGGUCUACUGUCGUUUUCACCUUUGUUCGGGUUUGCUUCUGCGGAAGGCUUGUUGUCUCCAUAUUGCCCAAUAUGAAGGCUCUCGUCACACUUCCUUUCUUCGUGUGUCUGGCCGCAGCGAUAUGGCCUCUUCCAGUCAAUUAUGAACACGGAGACACUGUAUUGUGGAUUACAGAUGACAUUCGGUGGGAUUUGUACGAGGCUGACACAAGCGAUGUAGGCUCAAUUGUAGACGAGCGUCUGAAUCAGAAUGCUUUCGUCCUUGCAUCGAACUCUAACAGAGGUCCUGAGCCUCAAGAGUUUGAUAGUAAAUUAAAGUUCCAAAAACGCUACAUUGUCCCUUCAUUGGAUGAUCAAGCCGACUAUGAGACAGAAGAGGAAGUGUCUGGCAAGGAGAUAAUAGACUACGCUAUCAGGUCUACUUGGACAAAACUCUUCAAGAAAAACUUCUAUCCCUGGAAAUUCCACCCUCGAGACUGGAGUGAGCCGAGUUUGUGCGAAGACUCAACGAAAAUCUCCGUGGUCAACAUCCACCUUCUCUCUGCCGAUCCCUCAACCGUCGGAAAGCCACUCGCAGGUGCAGUCGAUGAAUCCUACACGCUCACUCUGUCCAAGGAGGGAAAAGCCACCAUCGCAGCAAACUCUAGCAUCGGCAUAGCACGAGGCUUGACAACCUUCACUCAACUGUUUUAUGCACACUCUAACGCUGAAGAUGUGUACACCCCACUCGCUCCUAUCACCAUAUACGAUGUACCGGCUUUCCAACACAGAGGCAUAAAUCUCGAUGUCUCCCGCGCCUACUUCCCUCUUGCGGACAUAAAACGGCAAAUCGACGCUUGUGCGUACAACAAAAUGAACCGUUUCCAUCUUCACGUCACAGACUCGCAAGCGUGGCCACUAGAAAUCCCAUCUAUGCCUGAGUUGUCAGCAAAGGGGGCGUACCACCCAAGCCUCGUGUACACCGCUCAGGACUUUGCGGACAUGCAAAGACACGCUGCAAUACAGGGCGUGGAAUUGAUCACCGAGAUAGACAUGCCAGGACAUACAUCCAGCAUUUGGUUUUCGCGCCCCGAGCUCAUCGUGGCAUUCAACGAGCAGCCCGACUGGGGCACAUACGCUAAGGAGCCACCUUCAGGCACUUUGAAACUGAACUCCACUGCUGUGUUCAAGUUCCUGGAGAACUUGUUCGAUGACCUGCUACCGCGCGUGCAUCCAUACUCGAGCUACUUCCACACGGGCGGUGACGAAGUGAACAUGCAUGCGUAUGCAUUCGACGAGACAGUGCGGAGCGACAAUUUCACAAUCCUACAGCCACUGAUGCAGAAAUUCAUUGACAGAAACCACGGCCAAAUACGAGCCAAAGGCCUCACGCCUAUGGUCUGGGAGGAAAUGCUGCUAGUAUGGAGUUUAACGCUUGGGGACGAUGUGAUUGUGCAGUCAUGGCGGAGCGACAAAGCAGUUGCGCAAAUUGUUGAAAAGGGACACAAAGUCCUGGUGGGGAACUACAACUACUGGUACCUCGACUGCGGCAAAGGUCAAUGGGUUGACUUUUCCUCCUCAAAUGCCGCUAUCUAUUGGCCGUACAAUGACUACUGCGCUCCCUUCCACAAUUGGCGCCUCAUCUACUCAUACGACCCAUUAUCAGGUAUCCCUCCCGAACACCACCACCUCGUCAUCGGUGGCGAAGCACACUUAUGGGCCGAGCAAACAGACCCUGUUAAUAUCGACCGUAUGAUCUGGCCGCGGGGCUCGGCAGCUGCUGAGAUUCUGUGGAGCGGCGCGAAAGAUGCGCAGGGGCAAAACAGGAGCCAGAUUGAAGCGAGUCCACGGCUGAGCGAAAUGAGGGAGAGACUCGUAGCCAUGGGCGUCGGCGCGGAACCUAUCCAGAUGCCAUAUUGCACCAUGAACGGAACGCAGUGCCAGAUGUGAAAAACUCGAUGAGAGCGUGUCAGUCACAACGUCUCGAAUUAGUCUAGAUUAUAUCAAUUAGUGUGAACAUCACGAAGGUUGAGAGAUGGUGGCCAAGUUUUGGGAAAGAACGUUAUAAGAAGAGAUAAAUUACAUGACAACUAAGUACUGAUCUAAAGAAGAUCUGAAUCGAAUACAAACAUCAACUAUCCAA